UCAUGUAUGUGUGCUAUCAGUCUUCAGUCACACUAUCGUGGUGCAAAGCAUAGAAAGCGAGAGAAAGCCCUGAGACGCAGGACUGUCUAUUUGUCUUUUGAACCUCUCAGCCUUUUUGAACCAAGUUGAUCAAGGCUGCCUGAAAAUACCCAUCUGCACAGAGAAGAGUGGCAGUGUCAGUCCUGUACUGAGGGAAGUGCUGCAGGCUGAGCUCACUACUUACUGGACCCUGAAGAAUCAACACACAAGAAUGAUCUGGGAAAACACUGGUCAGAGGCCCUUUUCUGAGAGACUGGGCUUCAUUAGCUGCUCUCAUGGUUUUGUGCUGAUAAGGGAAUUAGUGCAAGACAUGUCAUUUAAGUGUGAGAACAGUUACGAGAUUUUGCCUCAGAAGCCAUGACUGCUACAUGGUAAUGAAGCUCUCUGACAGAAUUUGAAAAGUUGUGAAAACUUAAAAAUCUUCUCAAAGUCCAGUGGAUUCAAGCGCUACAAAAUUGUAUUUGUACCUCAGCAACAAGAACAGAUUUGUGUGGCUCUGGUCAAAGGCUUUUAGUGGAAGACACUUUCUACAGAUUUCUUUAAAUUUCUUGUCAGAAAUGAUCAUUAAAAGUAAUACUCAUUAAGUGAAGAGGUUCUUUCUUCAAGAUCAUGAAGUCUGGUUUUGGAGGAAUAAUGUAUGGGAUGCAUGGGACAGAAAGUAAGACUUGAGUAAGUGACAGAAGUUGUGGCAGCAAGACUGAGAAAAGUGUGGUGCAGUGCAGGAGCCUAUUGCAAAGACCUGUGACUUUAGAAAACAGUACUGUAUGUACUACAAUCUCAGUGUUCCAUGAACAGUUUGGAUUAAGAAUAUGUGCAUGCUACAAAUACUGUAUCUUUGAAAAUGUGGAUGAUGUGGAGUCUUUCAGCUGGGAUGUAUCCUGCAGAACAAGAAGUCGAAGUAUCUGAUUAUUAAAGUGAAGAAUCUAGAAGCUUUGGUCCUUCAGCUCCAGUCCAAGCUCCAAUGAAGUAUCGAGUGCUCAGACGAGUGAAGAGAGGCUUCACAAGGUACAUAACCUGUCUGAAGGAUUUUAUGAAUGAUCCGAGAAGAGAAGAACCUCUAAUUGGUUUAGAACAUGUGGUUGAAAUCAGAUUUGAAGGAAGAAAAGAUCCACGUUACGAGUGCAGGCUGUGUGGGUGUAAUACAGAGAUGGCACCUAUGAUAGAGCAUCUUAGUGGAUAUAAACACAGAAGAGAAUAUAUUUCUAAAGAAUUUCCAGAUAAAAUUAGGAGAAAACCGACAGAUGUAAAAGAAUGCAAAGUCUCAUUUUUCAGACGCGUAGCAGGAGAGCUAGAGAAGAGUGAAGGAUUAAAAAUGUAUAAGAUUGAAGGUUACACAAGACCAACUACCUCAUCCCCACAGAAGAAGAAAGCAAGGUGGGAAGAUGAUUAUAAGCAUGAGAAUGAUCCUGUUCGGAAACAGAAAGCUCUGGAGUUCUUGGAGACUUUUCACAUCACCUCAGACUCAGAAGCAACACUUGUUCUUCACAUUACACAGGAACUCAUGGAGGCUUUGAAGACCUUUUGUGAAAAGAAAGCAGCAGUUAAUUACACCAACAGUUUAGGCCCACUGAUGUCAGUACCUCAAGAUGAAUUUCCAGAAGGGAAAAGCAACCCAGAACACUACGGGCCAGAUGGAGAAUACGAAGGAAGUUCUGACUGGAAUCAAGGUUUUUUGUCUCAGUAUGAAGAGUGUUCUGAAGAUGCUUCUUUUGCUCCUGCUCACUCUAACAGUUACCAAACAGAUGAUGGAUCAUCUUCCUGUCAUCUGAGAUCUGAUGACUUUGCAAUGGUGUCUCUGCUCAGGGACUCUCCUGCUGUUGAGCCUGAUGGUCCUGUCAGUGGUAUCAGUGAAUGGCUGAGACAGCUCAGACACUCGGUAUCUGGCAGGAAUUUGGCUGCUGGGGCCUCUUCCUACAAGACCAGCCCACUGAAGGAGUGCUCAGCAGAAUAUAUGUCCAGUGAUGUGCAAGGAAGUGAGCUCCAUGAUAAGAGACUCUCAUUUGGCAGGGAAAAUACAAAAUGGAGGAAUCAACAAGCAAGUACAAAAGCAAGGCAUAUAAGUGACCAAGAAUUACCCUAUCCCAAUUCUUCUGCCUCUCAUCCUUCAUCUGGAAGAUACUCUACAAACUAUCCUUCACAAAACUAUUCCUCUUACAAGAACGAUGAGUCUGUGAAUACUUGUACAUCUUCUGCAAAUUCUGAUGUUUCAGGAAGAGGUGGCUCCAGGUGGCACCAGGACACUAGGUGGGAGUGGAAUGAGGACUCUAGGUGGAAUGAGGACUCUAGGUGGAAUGAGGACUCCAGGUGGAACGAGAACUCUAGCUGGAAGCAGGAGUCUAGCUGGAAGCAGGAAUCUAGGUGUCAAGGAUUCAGGUAUCAGAAAUCAGGCUACCAGAGAAACUGGAGUUCCCAUCAGAACUCAUUUUCUGGCAGUGGUUCGUACCGAGAUCACCAGCAGUUCAGAAGCUCAGAAGAGAUGUUUGAUGGAGUUGAUGUUGGUCUUGCUCCCAACGCUGUGAAUAGACUACUAGGAAAGGAUGUACCUACAAUGACCAGGACGCUCAAACAGUUGGCUCCAUAUUAUCCAGCACUUCAAAAAGUAAAUAUUCAGACAUUCGUCAAUGUGCUAAUAGAAACUAGAGAGAAAGAUUAAGGAGCAACAACGGUUGAACUGGAAACAGAUGAAGAGAUUUGAGAAUCUCCAUCACUUGGCUUUCAGGAAAGAGACUGCAUUUGACUCUGUUUGGCUUGGGAAAGGUAAAGGGAGGUAGUAGAGUUUUAACAUGUGAAAUAUAGCUGGAACAUGAACUUGCACAUAAAGGGUGAACAUACUAUUUUGUUUAGGCUUUUUGUAAUGUAUUUGUUAUAUCUUAGUAUAGUACAGAAAAAAAUCUUUUGUUAUUUUUUGAAAAUAUGUUAAAAUUAUUCUGUCAGCAAAAAGUUAAUAAUCCUUUGAAUACCCCUCUCAAUUCAGAGGAAAAAGAAAGGUUUACUUUUAUGUUACCUACUUAAGAAGAAUAUUCAUUGAAAAUACAGGUUUAUUUUUCUUCACACAAAGGUAAGGCCAGUUCCAUUAAUUCUAGGCUUUAUAAUUAGCAUAUUUUUAGAAAAUGACACACUACAUUUCUGUUUAGACAAAGAAAGGAGGAUGUCACAGCAAAGGUAUUCUCUGUCUUAAUGUGAUGCUAUAUGAGGAAAAUGUAUUCUAGAGAACUGGUAUGCAAUGGGGCAUAUUAGUUUCGUUUUUGCAGAGUAAGAAAUGGUGUGAAAUAUAUGGAGAUUUUUUAAUCAUGUUGUUCAAAAUGAAAUCAUUAUAAAUUUUCUGAAAAACUCAUUUGGUGGAUUGACCCCUACAAAAAUAAAAAUUACUGAUUCUUUCUACUGGUAAAAGCAUAUUGAGAAAUAAUGGAACCCAUAAGGCAAUCAGAUAAAAUAACAGGAAAAAAAUAAAUAAUCAAAAUGUCAUACUAACUGAGUAAUACUUACCAGUUCUGAUGUGUAUCAGAACCACAUGCUCACGAACACCUGGCUUUGGAUGUCUGUUUUAUGUAAUUAAAACCAGCUUACGUGGAGCUGAAGAAAAGAAGUAAAGUGAGACAAGUUUA